CCAUGAUUGGUCCGGGCCGAAGGAGCCAACAGGAGGCGGUGUUGUUGGGAGGACGGUGUUGUCAGGGCGGGCGGAGGGCGAUGGCGGGGCUGGGCCGUCUCUGGCCGCGGGCUGUUGGCGGCAGAUUUUUUCUACUGCAGCAAGCUGCAGCCUGCCCUUUCCAGGUCCGGACAGCCUCUGUCCUCUCAAGUUCCUUGGAGCUGCCUGUCAGCUGCCAUCUCUCCUUCAAGCCCACGGGCAUCUGCCCUGGGCCGGUGCCUUUCUGGAACCACCAGCAGAUCCGCACAAAAGCACGUGGGAAUGAAUAUCAGCCGAACAACCGCAAGCGCAAACGGACCCACGGCUGGAUCAAACGCAUCAGCACGCCAGCUGGCAUCGAGGUCAUCCUCCGGCGCAUGCUGAAGGGCAGGAAGUCUCUGACCCACUGAGGGCUCUGCCUGCGAGGCUGAUUUGGUGUGGGGUGAGCCAGAACCGAGCCCAAGAGCUGUCACAGCUUCGGGGUGACCCAGCCCGAGUGUCUGUGCUGAGGGAGACUGACCGGCCGCAGCGACCGACUGUCCCCCUCAUGCCGGGAGCGCCUGAGGAACAUGCUGGCUCGAGGGUGACCUCUGAGGGCUUUGUUUAAUGGCUGCUUUUUAAAUUAUAAAAUUAUUGCUGCUUUGUACGUGUGAUUCAAAGAUAAACGUGAAAACACGAGCUGUAAUUAAAGCCCCACGACUCGCCUUGAA